GUUCUUGUGAUAUUGUUAGGUGUACUCACUAAUUGCUCUGUCCUGGAGGAAAUUGUCAGUCCUGUGUGUCUAGAGCUUCACCCGUUACGGUUGUGUACUGGUGAUAUUACAUGUAAAGUAUGCAGAGAUCUGUAAUUGUACACAACAUUUGAAGAACUAUCGAGAGGUGACGCAUGAUGUUAACAGGAUGUACUGAUUUUUUUCGUAAAUCACGUGAAAUACAGUAAAGUUUAAGUUUUAAGCUAUUCAGUGAUUUUAAACAUCAACUGUGCUUUGUCGUAGUCUGAUUGAAAUUACCAAAAUAUAAAAUAAAUAUUUAUCUUACAUCACAGGAAAUAUGGUUUUAGUAUUUACUCAUUCAGUGACUUCGGUAUUACCCAAAUUUAUUUACUGCAUAUGAUUACUUUGGUCCACGAAACUUAGUACAAAACGUUCAUUAAUGAAUUAAAUGAAGCAUAACCAAGCAGGUGACCAUAGCAGAUGACAAAAGUGAUUCUUUAUUCAACAACUACAAUGAAGUGUGUUCAUCUAUACAGAGCGUGGUGGGUGGUUGUCUGGCCGAUCUUGUGGGUAGCAGGUUUGGAGGACGAAAACUCACUGGCAUCUGGUAAGGACAUGGUGAAGGUGAUGGUAAAGUCGGCGCCUGGGGUACCCGACGAAGGCCUCGUGCUUGAGAUCCGACGCGACGAUCUGCUGAGGCUGCAAAUCACCCAGGAGGAUUUGGCAGGCGGAGAAGUGGUCGGGGGUGGUGAUGGACGACCACUACGACUGAAAGUGAAAGGCCGGUACUUUCCACUGCCGGAGGUUCAGCUAACGGACUCAAGCAUCCUCGUCUUCCACUCCGUCGAGAAUGAAGAACCUUACUUUCUGGACCCCAAGACGGUGGCCCACCUCACUCUUAAGUCCUUCCAGGGGUUAUUUUCAAAAGCUUAA